AUGUCUCGUUUCACAACUGAAUGUACAGAUAGUAAUAUAUCAGUAAACAUACCCAUAGAGCUUAAGGGAUAUGAGAUUCUUGAUGUUAUAGGAAAGGGUGGCUUUGCAGUUGUUGUCAAAGCAAUUCAUAAAAAUUCCAAGCGCGUUUGCGCAAUUAAGAUCAUUGAUAGAAAUGAACUCACUAAUAGUGGUAUGCUCAACUAUUUAGAAUCAGAGUUAAGACUUGCUUCAAGAUUUAAUCAUCCAAAUAUUGCUAAAGUUUAUGAUAUUAUCUACUGA